CAAAAACACCAAGCACCGCCCUGCCAAGCAGUCAAGACAUGUCAACUGCUUGGCGUCACUAGCAAAGGACAAUGAUUGCUGCCAUCCUACCCGCUGAGCCCCUCUUCUCUCAAGGCCCCCCCUAACACGCAAUUGGGAACUUCUGAUCAGCGAUGCUGCGGGUCAGUCCGGGUGUGCUACACGCAAGCGUUUAUACUUCGUGUCGUGGUAGAGGCACUCGGACAUUGUCCGAAGAACCAAAGAACCAAAGAGGCGAUGUCAAGCGCCUGCUGCGGACUCGAGAGAUCGAUCGGGCCUCGGCAACCAUCCGUCGAUUAACAAGGUCUAGCACUAAGCUCAGAAGUGUCUCCGGGCACGUUGAUCACCUCAGAAAGGCGGCCGCGGCCUAGUGAUCGAUCAGCACGACAUCGCUGCCGAGAAAUAGAGAUGGGGAGCCUCGACACCCAUGGAAACAAGUGUCAGACUCGACAACCGUGCGUACAUGGUGCCAACGACAGUAUCACCGUCUCCGCCUCCGCCCCCCCGCCUGACGCUCUGACAGGAGCCACCGCCCCGUCCGGACGACCCGGUAAUAAUUCCUGGGGUUCUCACUCCACCACCGCGGCUCCUGGUUUCCACGGUACUCUACCAUGUUCUCGAAACUACGGAAGUCCCUGCCUCUAUCCACAACACCGCUAUUGCGAUGGUCAUGGCAGUGCUCGAGAUGAGAUGCGUUGUGCUCCACGCGGUCCGCAGGUCUCCCUUUUCCCGCGGGAGGACACAUUCCACCUCCACGGGUCGGCGAGAUGUGCUAAAUCACAACUUGUGCGGCAUGCGGUGACCUCGCUGCUGCUUGUGGGUCCUCCAACUGCUUCGCCACGACACGCCAGUCCGUUUCACGAUAUCAAUCGAGAGAGAUCUUCCACUGACACCACCUACAACCAAAAUGAAUCCCCUACCGCGGAGUAAUCAUUGAUCACGUGCGUUGUGUUCUCCUCUGCUGUGACGUGCACUUUUUGCAGAUCCGGCCUAGCCCAGCCGUCCUUGAGACUAUUUUCAUGGCUCCGGAAACGCGCCACCCUUAUCUGGGACGUCGUGACUGACGGGUGGCGGAUAAUGAGUUUCUUGUCAUCGCCAAGCGCCGGGAAAAGAUAACCUUGCAAGCUAAGGGGGACGGCACACAUUGCUAGCGUGUCUCAACUCGAGCAAAGGCAACAAACAAAAAAGCCCGACUGGGCACGCCGCUUGGGCUGUUGACGAUCUCCAUGAGCUUUUAGCUUCUCAACAAGGACUUGCACUCCAUGGCCAGCCAAUAUUGCACGUGGGAGGCAGCCGCACGCACGCACGCACGUAUGCUCUGCGAGGUUAUCAUCAGG